AUGGAAAACUUCAAGCACAUAGCAAUCUAUCACUAUGAUAUUGAUAAUGAAAAAGAGGAAGUAGUGGAAGUGGUAGAAAAAGUAGUUGAUGGACUGGACCGUUCAGCAGACUUUCCUCCUACAGAAAAAAAUCCAGUAUUUGGUAAUCCUAAGAAGACAUGUGUUCCUACAAGAAAGGAUGAUGAUACAGGAACUGAACUAAAGAAUAAGAUGGAAAACAUUGGAGCUGAUAUUAGCAAUGCUGUUACUGAAAAGAAAAAAAGAAUGGAGUCAUAUAUUAAAGGUGUUGUCAGAGACUGUAACAAGAAUAUCAAACAACAUUUGAAAUUUCAUGAAGAUGAACUGCGGGAGUUUAAAAUUGAAAUUACUGAGAAGAUUAUAACUGUGUUUCCGCAAUGGGAUUUGGAUAUAAAGCAUCUUGGAGACCAAGAAGAUAAACUAACUGAUAUUUUUUAUCAGCAAAAGAACAUUUUUGAACAAACUAAGAUGCGUCAGAAUCAAGGCCUGAAAAGACUGAAGCAGGAAAAUAAGGCAUUCUUAAAGGCUUUGAAGGACUUGGAGAACGGCGAUCUACUUACUAGCAUACGCAGUGAAAUUAAAAAUCAAAUGUCUUUGUUGCAAAAAAAAAUUACAGAUAGUUAA